UACCUAUAUAAUACUCUCAUACACAUACAAUCGUCAUUCUCUAUUUACUUUUCUUUUUUUUUUCUCUUAUGUCUUUCUGUAUUGCUCUUAUUGUGAAUUUUUGUAUUUAUUCUGAUGAUGACAAAAGAAUAUUGUCGAAAUAUCAAUAAAUAAAUACUAUAUGAUUAGUUAAAUCAUAAUGUUCGUUGCAGUUCUACACUUCAUUUUCUCUAUUAUUAGAAUUAUGUUAUUCAAGACAAUUUCAUUCAAUACUUAUUUUACCUUCCAUUUCAUUACAAUUACGUAGUGGUCAAUCUUAGGAAAGAUUUAUUUUAGAAAAUCGUUUAAAUUAUACUUAUGAAGAUAGAAAUGAUUUACCUAUUCUUAAUUGGAAAUAUUUAACACAAACAUUAAGACCAAAUAAACAUGAAAUUUCUAUUUUUCAUUGUGUUUAUAAAAUCUUAACUAAAAAUGAUGUUGGUGAUUAUCAAGCUUUAGUUAAUUUAACACUCGAUGCUGAUACUCAACCACAGAAAAAUGAACAAGAAAGAAAAGCAAAACCAGCCAAAAUAGCUGCUAAUAAAAUGACAGGACCUAUAUUUGGCGAUAAACCAAAGGAAACACCUAAUCAUGGUGAUAAAGUACAAAUUCAAUGUAAAAUAACGGGUUCACUAGCACUUGAAAUUACAUGA